AUGUCAGGCACAGCUACACCCAGUCAAAUAUCUGCUUUCUUGAUUUCACUUAAAUUACAGCAUAAAGACAAAGAUCCUCAUAUCGUGGCUGCCUGUGCAACUGCCAUGCGUAGUCAUGCACGACUUGUUCCUUAUGAAGGUUAUGAAUCACUCAAUGGCCAUGUCGUAGAUAUUGUAGGCACAGGUGGUGAUGGACACGACACUUACAAUGUGUCUACCACAGCUUCUGUUGUAGCUGCUGGUGCUGGUGCUAAAGUAGCCAAGCAUGGUAAUCGUGCUGCUUCUUCUAAAUCUGGAUCUGCUGAUCUGAUGGAAGCCCAUGGCUGUCACAUUGCCCUUGUUGAACCUGAACAAGUGGCUGGUAUUCUCGACCGUACUAAUUUCUGCUUCUUGUUCUCUCAAACAUACCAUCCUGCCAUGAAGCAUGUGGCUUCUUUGAGAAAAGAAAUUGCAGUCCCUACCGUCUUUAAUCUGUUGGGUCCUAUGAGCAACCCUGCUAAACCAGGACGUGUGGUUGUGGGAGUUCAUUCUCCAGAAAUUGGUUCUUUAAUGGCCAAUGCUCUCAAAUUAACAGGCGUUCAAGAAGCCUUGGUUGUGUGUGGUACUGAAAAACUAGAUGAAAUCAGUCCUGCUGGUGAGACCAAUUACUGGAGAAUUCAUCCUUCUGGGGAAAUCACGACAGGCACUUUACAUCCCACACGCGACUUUGGACUCCCUACACAUCCUUUAAAUCAAGUGAAAGGAGGCGACUGCCAUGAAAAUGCAGACAUCCUCAAGAGACUAUUAGACAAUGAAUUAGAGGAGAAUCAUCCUAUUUUAGACUUUGUCUUGUUAAAUGCAGCUGCUUUAUUGGUUGUGGCUGGUAUUGCUCAAGACUUUAAGGAAGGUGUCCAAAAAGCAAAAGAAUCCAUUCGUUCAGGCAAUGCAAGACAUGUAUUGGAUUCCUUUAGACAAGAGACUUGCAAUCAAUAA